AUGGUUCUAAACGAAACUCACGAUGAUAACUCGAAAGUUAUGGAUGCUGCACCCAAUGCAACAGAUUCGAGCUCAUUUCCCUCCAUUUCUUUAAAUCCGGAGACUGCAUACUGGGUCUGUACUGUGGUAUAUUUUGUAAUAGGCUUGAUAGGAAAUGCCUUGGUCUUUCCGUUAAUGAAUGACGUAAAGUUCUCAUCGUUGUCCUACCCAGUCUAUUUGAUGUUCAUGGCCGUCUCGGACAGUGCAGUUCUUAUUAUAUAUUGCAUCCAUCUGUCGUUGAGAUUCUUCAAAUCAUUUCACAUUAUUGGGAAGUACGUGGCUGCAUGCAGAAUUUGGAUGUUUUUGAUGACCAGUGUGAACCUCCUGUCGCCGUGGUUGGUCGUUGGACUGACUGUGGAUCGGUUCUACUGUGUUGUUUUCCCGCUGACACGCGAUCGAUUCUGCACGCGAAGAAAAGCAAAGAUCGUCUGCACCAGUCUGGCUACCUUGGCCAUAUUACUGAAUCUACCACUAUUGGAAGGGGUGAAGACUGUCGAAAAGUCAGAUGGGUGUUUUGUGGAAAACCACAUCGUCAUUUACGUCGCUUUUAUGCGUCUGGUUAUCACUUCAAACCUUCCUUGUCUGUUGAUUCUCAUCCUCAACAUUGUGAUUGGAAUCCGCAUCCAGCGCAGCGUCACCUUCAGAAAGAGAUUCACCUCCACCAGCUCUGGCUCCAGAGAAAACAAGCUGGACAAGUCACUCCUCCCUCUAAUACUGAUCUCCAUGUUGGCUUUCUUAACAACCCUACCUUCAUCAAUCGUUGACACCGUCGUAGGGGUCCUAAUAGUAACCAAAUCAGAUUUGAACUCUUUGGUCACGGUCGCCAAAUUUGUGCUGCCGUUUAAUUUUGUAUACAUGAUCAAUUUUGGACAAAACUUUUACAUUUUAAUGGCAAGUUCAGCCAACUACAGGAAUGUUAUUAAGAGAAAGUUGAAUUAUUGCAAGAGCAUGUACCUACAGGAAGAGGGUGUCAGUCAGUUAAGAGUUCCAGUCCAGAUUCCAAACACUGAUGACGCCAGGCCGAGUGUGACGGAGUUGAAUACCAGAUCGUUUUCACGCACCGAUUCAACACCAGUUGCUACUUCGGAUGCCGGUGGUGGUUUCAGAAAUGAGUCUGAAUGA